AAAAGUGGGAAAGAAAGGUUUAUCUUUAUCACAAAAGAGAAUUAUUAAUCAUCACCUUGGAUCCUAACCCGAACCAGAUAGACAGAUAGAUACAAAAGUGAAGGAACAGACAUACACGUAUGACGUAUGGAACCAUUUUUAAAGCGUUGACUAUUAGUAGUGACUACCUUGCUCUCGCCAACGAAGGCAUACCUUUUGGUUCUGCAACAUGGAUUGCUUACGCCGGAAUAUGCUGUUUUCUUGUUCUCUUUGCCGGAGUCAUGUCCGGUCUCACACUUGGUCUCAUGUCUCUCAGUCUUGUAGACCUCGAAAUUCUUGAACGUAGUGGUUCUCCUUCUCAGAAAAAACAAGCUGCAAUCAUUCUUCCCGUGGUUAAAAAACAACACCAGCUUCUUGUUACUUUGCUUCUCUGUAAUGCUGUUUCUAUGGAGGCUCUUCCUCUAUACCUAGAUAAACUCUUCAAUCAAGUUCUUGCUAUCAUUCUCUCUGUUACUUUCGUUCUUUUUUUCGGUGAGGUUAUUCCACAAGCAAUUUGUAGUAGAUAUGGUCUUGCUGUAGGUGCCAACUUUUCAUGGCUUGUGCGUAUUUUAAUGAUUAUAUGCUACCCUCUUUCGUAUCCGGUUGGAAAGGUUCUGGAUUACCUAUUGGGGAACGACGAGGCUUUAUUUAUGCGUGCUCAGUUAAAAGCUCUUGUCUACAUUCAUGGCAUGGAGGCUGGGAAAGGGGGCGAACUUACACAUGAUGAGACAACAAUUAUCAGUGGAGCACUUGAUUUGACCGAAAAGACUGCUGAGGAGGCUAUGACUCCUAUCGAAUCAACAUUUUCUUUAGAUGUUAAUUCAAAGUUGGACUGGGAGGCAUUGGGAAAGAUUCUUGCCCGUGGGCACAGCCGAGUUCCUGUCUAUUCUGGAAAUCCCAGGAAUAUUAUCGGGCUUUUAAUUGUAAAAAAUCUUCUUACUGUUAGACCUGAAACAGAGACCCCUAUCAGUGCAGUAUCAAUCCGGAGAAUACCACGGGUUCCAUCUGAUAUGCCUCUAUACGAUAUACUGAACGAGUUCCAAAAGGGAAGUAGUCAUAUGGCUGCUGUUGUGAAGACUAGGGGAAAAGGCAAAGAAACUCCACAGCUAAUUGAUGAAGAGAAAUUUGAUGCAAAAAAAAGUGUUGGCGGGGAUUCACAGUUAACUACUCCAUUGCUACAAGAACUGGAUUCAAAAUCAGAAAAUGUUGUUGUUGACAUUGACAAGCCUUCAAAACUUACCAGCGCUCCUUCCGAAAAUAUUGAUGGUGAAGUGAUUGGUAUUAUCACUUUGGAAGAUGUAUUUGAAGAACUUCUGCAAGAAGAAAUUGUGGAUGAGACGGAUGAAUAUGUUGACGUUCAUAACAGAAUACGUGUUGCAGCAGUUGCAGCUGCUUCCUCAAUGGCACGAGCUCCAUCAAUCCGAAAAUUGACCGGCCAAAAGGGAGUAGGAGGCCAGAGUAAGCCAGUGCAAAUUUCAAAGUUAUCUUGAGAGGAAAAUGGAUUGAAUUCUACAAGAUAACAAGGCAUGGGGCCUAUUUAAGUCAUUUGAUCUUGUGUAUUAAUCUAAAACUUUCUUUUUUGAAAGUGCUUAAAUUCAUUUUUGUUCUUGUAGAAGCUUAAUUUGAAUAAAAAUAUAUGGUUUAUUAAACAAAAA